AUGAUGAUCAAACAAACUUUAUUGUUGUUUGCAACAAUAAUAUUGUUAUUUUCAUCAACUACUUUGAUCGAAGCACGUAAAACACUUUACAAAGGAUCAAAUAAACCAAAGAUUGAACCACCAGAAUCAUCUGUUUUAAAUGUUCACAUUGUUGCUCAUACUCAUGAUGAUGUAGGAUGGUUAAAGACAGUUGAUCAAUAUUACUAUGGAUACAAUUUAACCAAUUUUAAUGGAGGUGUUCAAUACACUUUAGAUACUGCUAUCACUUGUCUACUUCAAAAUCCAAAUAGAAGAUUCAUCUAUGUAGAGAUUGCUUACUUUCAAAGAUGGUGGAAUGAACAGACUGUAGAGAUGCAAAAGCUUGUUACUAGUCUAGUCAAGAGUGGUCAACUUGAAUUCAUCAAUGGUGGCUAUUGCAUGAAUGAUGAAGCUACCACCUACUAUGAUGAUAUCAUCGAUCAAAUGACUGUCGGUCAUCAAUUCAUCCUUGACAACUUUGGUGUCGUACCAAAGAUUGGCUGGCAUAUUGAUCCUUUUGGUCAUAGUUCUUCUCAAGCUUCUUUGUUUGGUGCUAUGGGUUUUGAUGCUUUUAUUAUUGGUAGAAUUGAUUAUCAAGAUAUUGCAGGAAGAUUAGAAAAUAAACAAAUGGAAUUUGUUUGGAGAGGAUCAAAAUCACAACCAAAAUAUGAUAUCUUUACAUCGGUGCUAAGAGCAAUGUAUUGUACUCCAAAUGGAUUUGAUUUUGAACAAGGUGAUACACCAAUGCAGACUGAUCCAAAUCUCUUUGAUGUCAAUGCUCAACAACGUGCAGAUGAAUUUGCUGCUAUUGCACUAGAAUAUGCCACUCACUACCAAACCAACAAUGUACUCAUUCCAUUUGGAUGUGACUUUGCCUACAUGAACGCUCAAAUGUACUUUAAAAACAUUGACAAGUUGAUGGACUAUAUCAACUCUAACCCACAAUACGGUCUCAAUCUCAUCUACUCUACUCCAUCAAUCUAUAUUGAUGCUGUCAACAAGGCCAAUCUUGUAUGGGACGUCAAGACUGACGAUUUCUUCCCAUACGCCGAUGACCCCUACUCGUAUUGGACCGGUUACUUUGUUAGUCGUCCAGCCCUCAAAGGAUACGUUCGUCAAAACAGUCAAUUGCUUCAUGUUGCCGAACAACUAUUGGUUACUGGUCAAGCUGACAUUCCAAACGUCCAAAGUUACAUUGAUUCUAUCAUGCCACUUCGUGAAGCCAUGGGUGAAGCUCAACACCACGAUGCCGUCUCUGGAACUGAAAAACAAGUCGUUGCCGAUGACUAUGCUGCCCGUCUUGCCAUUGGUAACACUGCCACUCUCAAUGCCAUGAACAAUGUACUAGGAUCACUCUUGACAACCAACUCUCUCAAGCCACUUGCUAGUCCAGCCAUGUCUUUUUGUCCAUUCCUCAAUAUUUCAGUAUGUCCUGCCACCUCUGUUCUCACCAACCACGGAACUAGUGUACCCGUCAUCCUCUACAAUCAACUCGGUCAAACUCGUUUCGAACAUGUUAAUAUCCCCAUCCCCGUAGCAAACGUCACCGUCUCUGAUUCCAAUGGAAUUGUCCGUUCUCAAGUCACACCAAACUCUAAUUCUUCUCUUGGUUAUGUUCUUACCUUCCUCGCUCAAAUCCCACCUCUUGGUUUCUCUACCUAUAUCAUUGAAAACUCUGGUCAAGAAGAAUCAACCAUGACCGAAUACGUUGAACCAAAGAUGAUCAAACCAUCAAGUAGUAAUAUCAUUUUUGCCAAUCAAUUUGUAUCUGUUACCUUUGACUCUGCAACUGGUGGUAUCAUGUCUAUCACCAAUAUCUCAUCGGGAGACCAAAUCCAAAUCAGUCAACAAUACAUGUUCUAUUUGCCAUCGCUCGGUGAUAGUGCCAGUGGACAACCAUCCGGUGCCUAUAUCUUCCGUCCCAUCAAUACCUAUCCAUUCAACUACAACAACCAAACUGUAAAGGUAACAGUCAGCCAAGGUUCAACUGUCCAAGUACUUACUCGUUACUGGUCACCAACCAUGAUUCAAAUCUUCCGUCUCUACGAUGGUGUCCCAUACCUCGAGAUUGAAGAAACAGUUGGUCCAAUCGACAUUAGUGACGGUAUUGGAAAGGAGGUCAUCACUCAAUGGAACACCUCUCUCAACACCAAGCAAACCUGGUGGACCGACUCUAACGGACAAGAAAUGCAAGAACGUGUAUACAACUUCCGUGACACCUGGGAUCUCAACGUAACACAACCAGUCUCUGACAAUUAUGUCCCCAUCAAUGCCAUUUCCUAUAUCCAAGACACUGAAAAGAACCUUCAACUCACCUUUGUUGUAGAUCGUUCUCGUGGUGGUGCAUCACUUGGCAAUGGUGAACUAGAGAUGAUGCUUCAUCGUCGUACCUUGUUGGAUGACUGGAGAGGAGUUGGUGAACCAAUGAACGAAUCAACCCAAAUCGUCACUACCACCCGUGUUAUUUUCCAUCCAAUCAACGACCAAGUUCAAUCCUACUAUAGAUAUUUUGCUCAGGAACUCCAACACCCAAUCUAUCCAACCUUUACCCAAAGCAACAUGGAUGCCUCUGUAUGGAACAAUCUCUACAGUGGAACCUACUCCCCACUCACCACUGAUCUUCCAUAUGGUCUCAAGGUUCAAUCUCUCCAAUGGGUCGAUGACACUCAAGACACUAUUGUUCUACGUCUUGAAAACAUCUUCCAGGUCGAUGGUAUCGAUACAUAUGAUCCAGUUGUCAUCAAUUUCGAUAUUGCAGGAAUGUUUAGUUAUCUCAAUGUCACAUCGGUCACUGAAAUGACUCUAUCAUCGGUUGCCAAACUCUCAAGUGUCAAUAGAUUGCAAUGGCAAACUAAUUCAGAGUACCAACAAGCCAAGGAAGAUCUCUACAAGCUCUAUCCAACAAAGGAUUUGGAAAUUAAUGAUCAAACAAAUUCCUUCAACAUUCAAGUUGGUCCAAUGGAUAUUAGAACUUAUCUAAUUACUGUAACUUCAAAUUCAAUUUAA